UCUUCUUCUUCUCUUCUCUUGCUUUGCCCUUGCAAUGGCGUCUGAUUUGGAAACCAAAGCCAAAGAAGCCUUCAUCGACGAUCACUUCGAAGUUGCGCUUGAUCUUUACUCUCAAGCAGUUCAACUCAACCCUAAAAGCGCUGAACUCUACGCUGACCGCGCUCAAGCCAACAUCAAACUCAAUAACCUACCUGAGGCUGUCGCGGAUGCAAACAAAGCAAUUGAGUUGGAUCCGUCCAUGUCUAAAGCUUACUUGCGUAAAGCUACGGCAUGUAUGAAGCUUGAGGAGUACCAAACUGCUAAGGCUGCAUUGGAGAGUGGUGCUGCUUUGGCGCCGGGAGAUUCAAGAUUUUCUAAGUUGAUCAAAGAAUGUGAAGAGCGCAUUGCUGAGGAACAAGUCGAGCUACCAAAGCAGGUGCUGAAAGAGGUGGCAACAAAUGGCGUACCUCAAAAAGAAGUCGAGCCAGUGAAGGAUGUGCCUGUUCAGAUGGCAACAAAUGCUGUACCUGCCAAAGAAGUGAAGCAUUCAUUUUAUCAGAAACCAGAGGAAGUGGUUGUCACAAUAUUUGCCAAGGGAAUACCGCGAGAAUGUGUUAAAGUAGAUUAUGGUGAACAAAUCCUAAGUGUUGCCAUUGAAGUUCCUGGUAAAGAUGCGUAUCAUUUCCAACCUCGAUUAUUUGGAAAGAUAAUACCUGAUAGGUGCAGAUAUGAUGUUUUGUCAACCAAAAUUGAGAUUCGGCUGGUGAAAGCUGAACCAAUUCAAUGGGCAUCCCUUGAAUUCAGCAGGGAAGUUGCUGUUCCCCAAAGGGUUAAUCCAUCUUCAGUAACUGCAAAUCAAAGACCGGUGUAUCCAUCCUCCAAACCAAAGAGGGUUGAUUGGGAUAAAAUUGAAGCUCAAGUAAAGAAGGAGGAGAAAGAUGAAAAACUUGAUGGUGACGCGGCUUUGAAUAAGUUUUUCCGGGACAUUUAUCAGGGUGCUGAUGAGGAUGCAAGGAGAGCCAUGCAAAAAUCUUUUGUGGAAUCAAAUGGGACAGUGCUUUCAACAAACUGGAAAGAAGUUGGUGCAAAGAAGGUCGAAGGAAGUCCUCCAGAUGGUAUGGAAAUGAAGAAGUGGGAGUACUGAGACUGUAUUCCGCGUCGAAUGUCGGAAUCUGCUCCCAGCAAGGCCACAACAGGUCUGAUGAGUUUCUUUGUAUUUUUAAGUUUUCUAUUG